AUGGAGUCUAUUUGCACCGGACAUCAGCCAAGCAGCUAUGUCUUUAUGGGGGCUGCUGAUUACCCAUUUUGGGAACCAGGGGAACCGUGGGAGGGUUAUCUUGAGUCGUGCAACCCCGAGCACCCCGAGUUUCCAAAGCAUUUCGAAGGCACCUCGCCUGAAUCUUCCUUUGAUGGAGCCAUUGUCUGGGCCGAUGGCUGCUCACCGUCGCAGCCAUGUUGCACGCACAGCCCCGUGUCGCCCACGGCCCCCUCGCCGUCGUCGGCACCAGAGAUAUUCGCUCCGCAACGGACCGAAUCUCGCCAGGCACAAACAUUAGAAGCUCCAGCUGUCAUUCAAGACCCAAGCACGAGCACGAGCACAGGACGAAAGCGAAGACGGCCCCAAAGUCCUGCAGAAUCAACCCGUGACGUCGACUCGAGACCAAAGCGGCCUUGUGUCUCCCGAUCAACCUCGUUCUCCUCGUCUCCCUCCGCCCUCGACCCCAAGACCAGGGAAAGGGACAAAGAGGACAUGUACCUGGAGCGCAGCCGCGCUGCAUCCAACAAGUUCCGCGAACGCAAGCGCCACGAGAUCGCCCAGCUUGAGUCGGAAGAAUACACCAUUGAAGACGCGAACCGUCAGCUCCGCAGCAUGCUCGACGCGCUGACGAGCGAGAUUCUCUCCCUCAAGAUGCAGCUGCUUCAGCACACAGACUGCAAUUGCGAGCUGAUCCAAGCCUACAUCAGCAAGGAGGCACAUCACUUCGUCAAGAGCCUACAGGGAGUUGCCACGGGGUAG